ACCAUGACCCUGUACCUGCGGCACUACUGGAAAGACGAGAGGCUGGCCUUCCCCAGCGCCAGCAACCUCAGCAUGACGUUUGACGGGCGGCUGGUGAAGAAGAUCUGGGUCCCCGACAUGUUUUUUGUGCACUCCAAGCGCUCCUUUAUCCAUGACACAACCACGGACAACGUGAUGCUGCGGGUGCAGCCCGAUGGGCAAGUGCUCUACAGCCUCAGGGUUACAGUGACUGCGAUGUGCAACAUGGACUUCAGCCGGUUUCCCCUGGACACCCAAACGUGCUCGCUUGAAAUUGAAAGCUAUGCCUACACAGAGGAUGACCUCAUGCUGUACUGGAAAAAAGGCAACGACUCCUUAAAGACAGACGAGCGCAUCUCGCUCUCCCAGUUCCUCAUUCAGGAAUUCCACACCACCACCAGGCUGGCCUUCUACAGCAGCACAGGCUGGUACAACCGUCUGUACAUCAACUUCACCUUGCGACGCCACAUCUUCUUCUUCUUGCUCCAGACCUACUUCCCUGCCACCCUGAUGGUCAUGCUGUCCUGGGUGUCCUUCUGGAUUGACCGCAGAGCUGUGCCCGCCAGAGUCCCCUUAGGCAUCACCACGGUGCUGACCAUGUCCACCAUCAUCACGGGUGUGAACGCCUCCAUGCCCCGCGUCUCCUACAUCAAGGCCGUGGACAUCUACCUCUGGGUCAGCUUUGUGUUCGUGUUCCUGUCGGUGCUGGAGUACGCGGCUGUCAACUACCUGACCACCGUGCAGGAGCGGAAGGAGCGCGAGCUGCGGGAGAAGCUUGCCUGCCCCUGCGGGUCAUCUCAGUCGCGGGCCACCAUGCUGGACAGGAGCUACAGCGACGGCGAGGUGAACGGUCUGGGCAGCUGCGUGCUAGGGAGUAGAGAGAAGCCGGACAGGACGAUGGUGCAGCUGGUCCUGGCCUCGGAGAGGAGCUCCCCACAGAGGAAAAGUCAGAGGAGCAGCUACGUGAGCAUGAGGAUUGACACCCAUGCCAUUGAUAAAUACUCCAGGAUAAUUUUCCCAGCGGCAUUCAUUUUAUUCAAUUUAAUAUACUGGUCUAUUUUCUCAUAAAUGCCUGUAAUUCUAUAAAUUUCACAUUCUUCUGGAUGUACCAUAGAAAUAUCUGUAUGAUGAAAAGUAAUUUAAACUUAUGAUGAAAACCAAGUUCCCAGGACCCACCCUUCUCCAGUUUUCCAAAAUUACAUUGACACUUACUGGUUCAAAAAGCACUUAUUAACCACCUUUUGUAUAUAUAGCGUUUACCUGGUGCUGCAGGAAUAUACACCCUGUAGCAACUGAGGGUAGUUGUUAGCAUAGUGCUGUGGAAAAGCAGUGCUGCCCGUGUUGGGGGCCCCCUGUAGUUCAACUUCUUUUAGACCCUAGAUGCUUCCUCACAUGAACGACAGCCUCUACGUGAGUGUCACUGUAUUCCCUGGACUAGGUGGAAUUGGGAAGCACCUAAAGUUCAUUUGCAUGGAACAUACAUGUACCUAAGUCCCCACGUUGACCAAAAUUCAUGCUUCCGUUUAUACUCUAUUACCCAUUUUUUCUCUAUCUCAUGGUUAUUUUAAUACAAGGAAAUAACAGUAUUCCCACUUUUAUUUACAUCGUAUAGCCCAUGAAGUUUUACCUAUUCACAAGAAUAGCUCUUUAGAUUGGUGCAGGCUUCCACUUUUGGUGGGAAUUUCCCUGGUAAGAAAACUGAAGAAGAGGGCACAUACACUCAUUUUGACCAUUUUGUCUUAGAGAUAAGUAGCCUAGAAACUUGUGUCUCUGUUUCAUAAUCACUCCCUCAUGUGUCUCCACCUUGGGGCAUGUCCCAGUUCAAAGUGAAGUCCUUUCUCAGUAAUGCUCUAUCCUCACUGAGGACCUUGAGGAACUGACUUUUUCUGCAUCAACAUUUCAAGAAAAUGCAUAGUUUGGGACUACCUGUAACUCACUAGGAUGAGAAAUACUCACAUGGUUUCUGAAAGAAAAAAAAAACAAGAGGAUGGGAAGCCAUCACUGGACAUCUCCAUUUAUACUCAGUGAAUUCCAGCAUUUUCUUUGAACCAGAAAACGGUGGCCACUGAUGUCAGAGCAUGGGGUUAGAGGAAAGGAGAGGGUUUGCAUUUGAUUUAUUAUUUAAAAACAAUUAUUCACCAUAUAUCUAUAGGAUCAACCCGCACCAAAUUGAUCCAGACAGCAAUUGUUUGAAACUCACUUUAAUAAAGUGAAUUCUAUAAACAAUGUCAUUUUCAUUCCAAAGUUAAUUUGGCUGAUCAUCCAUACUAAAUAUUAUGAAAUUUCUUCAUGUGAGGGCUAUUCUUUAAUCUGAAAAAAAACCAAAAACCCUAAUUACAAGGCAGCCUCACAUUUCUCCUAAUAAAAGCUCAUCAAAAGUUGAUAAAAAGGGAAAUAGAUGGAAUAGUUAAAUCCUUUUAAUAUAAAAAUAUAUAUUUUUAAAACAUUUUUUCAAGUUUACUUUGUGAAACAAUUUCAAACUCUUCACAAACAGCUUUGUCACGUGCUCCUUCCUCAUGACAGGGCCACUGUGAGUCACCCAGCAGGUUUCCAGGGCACAGCACCUGAACUUCCCCUACUUUGUUUGGGAAACUGCUGUUUGAGCCAGCACACAGGGUGCUGCAUUAGUCGGCCUGGGCCACCACAGCAAAGUCUCACAGACAGGGUGGCUUAAACAGCAGCAAUGCAUUUCCUCUCCGCUCUGGAGGCUGGAGUCCAAGGUCAAGGUGUCGGCAGGUUUGCUCUCUCUUGGUGCCUCUCUCCUCAGCCUGCAGACGGCCACCUUCCUGCUGGGGCUUCUCCUGGCCUUUUCUCAGAGUGCAUGCACCCCUGGUGUUUCUUCCUUUUCAUAUAGGGACACUGGUCAUACUGGAUUAGAGGCCCUUUAAAAGCUUGUUUACAUCGAUGUCCCCACUAGCAAUUAUAGAGAACAGGUAAUUAAAUUCAUGUUAAAGUUUGCUGCCUUUUCUGGUGAUUCUGAUUCUCUCAGGUGACCUCUACAAGCAUUUCAAACUAGCGUCGAUUGAGGUCAUUUCCAGGCGAAUGCUUUCUCAAGGCAGUACUUUGCUGUCAAAGCUGUGUAACUGAGAACUCUGUAGUAUGACUUUGUGAAGACCCAAAUAUAAAACAACUCCCUCUUUUCUGAUGAAUAAUUUUAGAGAAAACCUCACCUUAUCUGUGGGCUCCAUCGUACUUAAUAAACUUUUGCUGGAGUGAUUGGACAGUUGGAAGAUUUGGUCAAUAAUAUUGUCUGGUUAAGAGGCAGGUAGCAUGAGGCCAUACUGAAUAAUUUUUAGGGAGUUAAAAUACUAUAAAGUACACUUGACCUGAAGCUAUAUCUAAUGUAAUUUAUUCUUUGCUUGGUAGUCCAGAGGGCACUUCAGGGUUUUGAGGGUUUUGCAUCAUUGGGGUGAAUACAAUGUGGACUUUGUAAAGUUGUGCAGAGUGUUAGCCAGGAGGGAAUUGGGGUUAGUCAGACCAGCCCUACUUAAUGGCAAUAUUCUCUUCCUGUGUUGUAUAUUCCUAACCAAUAUUCUUUAGUAUUUUCUUAAUUCCUAUUUUAUAGAGAAGAGUAGUGAUCCUAGACUUUAGGGAGAAUAAAAAAUGGCAUGUUAGAAACGAUGAAAUCUCACAUCUGUAAAACCCAGUUUUACAAAAAAAUAUUUCCACAUUUAUUGUCUCAUUUAAACCUGAGUGAGGAAACUUCAAAGCCAGUGAAAGGCCGACCAAAUGGCAUGCAGACGACAUGGGUAAUAAACGAAAGGCUCCUAACUCAAUUCUCAUGCACCUCAUUACAGAUGAUGGAUGAACACUGAACAAGUAAACAAACUAUCACAUACAAUUCACAAACACUAGUGUGAAGAAAUAUUUUUUUAACCAGUCCAUGGCACCUUUUUAUUUAUUUAUUCAAUCAACAAUAGUGAGCGCAUAUCAUGUAGCAUGCAAUGUUCAAGACCAGUGCUUCUCAAACCAUCUGUGGGGUUGGGCCAGUUAAUUUUUUUCUAAAUUUCCAAUCUGUAGACUUUUUUAAUGGUGCGUUUUUUAAAAGUGGAGAGUCCCUCACAAAACCUAGGCCUAUGCCUGCAUUCCAUCCUCUAAGAACAUGGACUUGUGGGUUUGACUGUGGAGCCCAAUACCAUGUGUGCAUGUAAAGCACAAUGUUACAAUAGAGCAUGAGCUGAAAGGUCAAUUUCAUUUUGAUGUUAUCAAGAACAAUCAUGUUCCAACAACCGAAUUUCAAAGAUUGCUGUGAGGGAAAUUUUAAUACCUGUGGUAAUAAGAAAGUACAUUAUCCAACACACACAUCAAUGUUAGUAAUACCAUUUAGCUCAUUUCGGUAUGAUCAUAACUCUCAAAAUAAAUGGAUGCUUUAACUUCUCAAUUCCAUAUUCAGAAUUUUAAUCUAUUUUCUUCCCAUCAUUUUUAGUCUUUGUACCUUUGUGUGAAAGGAGACAUCUUUGUUUUUCUUGAGACCAGAGUAUUUUCCAAAUGCUUUCUGGUUUACUUCAAAAACAAUUUACGUAUUGGUGAAGUUUAGUGGGUCUCCACAAGUAGCUCUUAAAGCUCUGGAUUGUCACAAUCAGUCUUGAUUGUGAUAAAACACAUGCAUUUGUAGGGCAGCUGACUGGGACACAGGCCUAGACCAUGAGAACUGAAUGAAGGUAACUGGAUCUCCUUGAGAAUCAAACCCAGGCUUUCCUAAGUGAGGUUAACUUACAUGAAC